AUGUCUUCUCACAAGACUUUCAGGAUCAAGCAAUUCCUGGUCAAGAAAAAGCAGAAUUAUCCCAUUCCUCAGUGGAUUUGGUUGAAAACUGGUAAUAAAAUCAGGUACAACUCCAAGAGGAGAUAUUGGAGAAGAGCCAAGCUGGGUCUAUAA